AUGUCGCAAUUCCUUGGAAGAACUGGUGUCUCGCAUGCCCGUGUUUGGCACCAUAUCGAUAUGGCCAAGGAGUCCCGGACCCUGGGUCGUCUGGCCUCCGCCAUUGCCCUGACCCUCAUGGGCAAGCACAAGCCCAUCUACAACCAGUCCAUCGACGACGGCGACUACGUGGUCGUCUCCAACUGUCACUAUAUAAACGUCACCGGCAACAAGCUUAAUGACAAGCUCUACAGACGUCAUUCAAACAAGCCCGGUCAACUGCACGAGGUCGUCAUGAAGGAUAUGCUCGCCAACAAGGGUGGCGGUGAGAUUCUGCGCCAGGCUGUCUCCAAGAUGCUUCCCAAAAACAGACUCCGCAAGUUCAGACUUGACCGACUAAAGACCUUUGAGGACUCGAAAAACCCAUACGCUGAUAACAUCAUUGCUUACAGCGACGAAGCCCCCAGUGUCACAGAGGCUCUCAAGAAGAAGGGCCUUCUCAAAUAA